AUGGAAGGUCCACCAGAGCCCCACCACAGACUGCAAGAGCGGGGUCUGCUUCACCAAUGGUACCCACGCAUGUUCGUCAUUUUCGUGUCGCACCAGUGGCUCAGCUCAGCCCACCCAGACCCACAUGGACAGCAACUUGCGUUGCUGCAGAAGGCCCUGCAGGGAAUCAUCGAAGGAUCACUGAUCGUUCAGGAUGAUCACAUCGGGGUCUAUUGGUCCGAGCAAGGCCUGGCGUCAAAUGUGCGUCGCUACGUUGCUGAUGGCUUCGUCUUCUUUGACUGGUUUGCCAUACCACAGAUCACAGCACGCCAGCAUGGGAUCAAUGAAGAAGCCACGAAAAGCGAUGCGGCACUGGCUGUGCAGAGUAUUCCGGCGUACGUCGAGCUCUCCAACAUGUUCAUCGCCCUUGUGCCAGAGCUUGUGCAUGCAAACUCGGCGUGUGUAAAUUACGCGACGUGGCUCUCCCGCGGAUGGUGUCGAGCAGAGCUGUGGUGUCGGCUGCUGUCCAACAAGGAAGAUACCUCUGUCAUCGUUGUGUACUCGGCCACGGACGCCAAGUUCAUGUUCGGCAUUGACUGGCAGAACAACAGCAUUGCUGAGGGGGAUUUCACGGUGGAGGCCGACCGGGCUCAAGUAGUCCAGCUCGCUGUGAUGGCAGUGGAAAGCAAGCUCCAACACCUGCAGGCCCAUGGCCCCUUGAGCCGCCAUCGCUUCUACACUGCCAUGCGGCCCAAACUCCUGUGUAAACCAAGUCUGCUUCGUGACUUAAAGACUUUUCUACACGACUUCCGCUAUGACAGCUUGCUAGAGGCAGCACGAGACCGAAGCAGCAUGAAUGCGGUGAUGUGCUCGGUUUUCUCUGGCGACACGGGCAUGCUGCGAUUGUUGGCCGAGAACCAAGCAGAUAUGAACCACACCCUCGAGGGUAUGAGUGACUUGGGGUACUUCGAUACACAAACUGCGCUUAUGGCGGCAACCAAGUCUAAACAGGAGCCAUCCGUGUUGGCGACGCUGAUUGAGCUUCGCGCUAAUGUGAAUGCGUUUUCCCGGACGGGUCUGACCGCCAUGUUCAUGUGUCGAUCUCCGGAUCAUGUGAAGCUGCUGCAUGAAUCCCGCGCAGACGUGCUUCAUUGGACCCUCAGUGGUGUUGCUGCAUAUGCCUCCCCUGAGACAGUUCAGGCACUUCUCGAAUGCCGAUGUGAUCCAGGCCGUGGUGAAUUCAGCCGAACCGGCCCCUUGCAUUUUUUUUGCAUACUCUCACGCGGGAACCACCGAGCGGGGCAAACCCUGGAACUACUGCUGAAACAUCGCGCGGACAUGAACGCGCGCUUCCUGCCAGAAGGACAGGCAGACUGGGACUGUCGGAAAGCCGAGGCCAAAGUCGCCUUGUUGGGCUAUUCAAACUGCAGCGUGUCCACGCGGUGGCGAGCUUCGGUGCGUGGCAUUACACCCCUGGGCUACGCAGCCAUGAUCGGUCACGGGCAGUUCACCAAGAUUUAUUUGGACCAGGGGGCUGAGCAUCUCCCGAAUGAUCGCGGGGACUUGCCAGAAGACCUGGCAAGGAAGCACCAUCACCACCACCUCCUUCCUGCGCUGGCGACGUUCUCCACGUAG